AUGGCCGCCUUCAGCGCCUCGUCGCUCGCUGUUCCCGCCAUCGUCAUCCUCAUCAUCUUCCUCGGCUACACCUCGCAGUUCCUGUACCCCCACCUCGACCCGCACCCUCUGGAGCAACACCAGGAAAUAAAGCUCAAUGUUCUGCUCGCAUGCCUGCUCAUCAGCUUCGCCCGCGGCUGCUGGACAGACCCGGGGCGCGUGCCGAAGGACUGGGUGCCAGAACCCGUAAGAGUGCAUGGAGACGACACCCCAGUGAAGGCGAAGGAUGAGGACGCGCCUACGGUGCGCCCGCGCUGGUGCAGCAGAUGUGAUGCUCCCAAGCCGCCGCGCACCCACCACUGCAAGACCUGCGAAAGAUGCAUUCCCAAGAUGGACCACCACUGCCCGUGGCUGGCAAAUUGUGUUUCCCACACCACCUACCCGCACUUCUGGCGCACCCUUGUCUACGCCACUCUUGCCCUUGGCUACAACGAGUACCUGCUCUAUAUCCGUUGCGCUGAGAUCUGGAACAAGAGGCAUCUCCCAAGCUACCUCGGCCCUACCGCUCCUGAGCUCAUGCACCUCUUCGUCCUGAUGGCCGUCAACUCGGCCACCACCUUCGGCGUCAGCAUCAUGACGCUACGCUUCGGCCAGAUGUUCGGCCAGAACGUCACCACAAUUGAGAGCUGGGAGAUUGAGAGGCACGAUACGCUUGUGAACCGAGCAAGGUAUCUGGGUGGGCAGCUGGACAGGCCAGACGGAACGAGGGUCAGGAUCAAAAAGCAGGAAUUCCCCUACGAUAUCGGCAUCUUCGCCAACAUGGCGCAAGCCAUGGGCACCAAGAACAUCCUGGCGUGGUUUUGGCCAUUUGCCGCAACUCCGCCGAACGACACUGGCCUCAACUUCGAGGUCAACGGCUUCGAAGACCUGUCCGUCACUUGGCCUCCUCCCGAUCCGGAUCGCGUGCCACUCCCCAAGCGCCAAUUCAAACCCGAAGAUGCCUUCACUCACACCGUUCCGGACUUCGACGACCAACAGGCCAUGGCAGAUUUCAAGAAACGACAGGCAGAGGACCUCAAGCGCUGGCAAAGUACGGGACUACAGCGUAGACGUCCCUUCCACGAGCGCGUUGGCAAGAAUGUCGUCGUCGAACGAGAGGGCAGCUUCGAUUCCGACGAGGAGUCGCUGAGCGAGGGAGGUGGCGGCGGCAGUGGUGACGAGUCCGGAGAGGAGGCAUGGAAGAACUCGGAAGGGGAAAGACUGAGGGAUUUUGGCGUGGACGAAGAAGCGGAGUUUUACGACGAGGACGAAGUGCCACUCAGCGAGCUGAUGAGGCGGAAGAAAGCGGCGGCGGCGGCGGCUACAGCACAAGGCACUUAG